UACUUGGUUAUUAGAAUUGGCGCUUUACUUGAAGCUGCUCCACUGGUUCUCACUUCACUCUGAGCACAAUAUAGAUAAGAUAAGGCCUCUCCGUCAUCCUUCCUUCCCUUCCACCGCCGUGCUCCGCCGUAAAUUCCGUCGUCGCCGUUACAAAAACAAAGCUUCGUGCACGCAAAAGUUCGUUCUUCUCUAUGGUAUCUCUACAAACUCCAAACUCCACCGUCCGUUCGCCGUGCCCUCUCUUUUCCCAUCCCACGCGUCGCCAGUGUUUGCACUUCCGGCGUCGCCGAAAUAACUACUCCGUGUACUCCUCCCCUGGGGUCAAUGUCAAGCUCGUGAUAAACAAUCUAAACCGACCCGAACAAGCUCCUAGAACGCUUUUCCCCGGUGGAUAUAAGCGGCCGGAAAUCAAAGUGCCCAGCCUAGUGCUAAAGCUGAGCUGCGAAGAUGCGUUGGAAGAUGAAACCGUUAUUAAUGAGAUAGACCGGGCGGUUUCGGGUCGGGUUGACAUUGUGGUGCUCAGUGGCGGUGGAGCAAGCGGCGGGAAGUUGUACGAGGCUGCGUGUUUGUUGAAAUCUGUAAUUAAAGGCAGGGCUUACUUGUUGAUCGAUGGACGUGUUGAUAUUGCCGCCGCGAUUAGUGCCAAUGGAGUUCUGCUCUCUGAUCAAGAUCUUCCUGCUAUCGUGGCCAGAAAUACAAUGAUGGAUUCAAAAUCUGAAGAGUUAGUAGUUCUUCCUUUGGUAGCAAGAAUUGUACAAACACCUACUGCUGCAGUGGACGCUUCUAAUUCUGAAGGAGCUGAUUUUCUUAUAUAUGACGUCGGUGGCAAUAGCCAACAUGAGGAGCUGGUGAGCUCAGUAUUUGAGCAUGUGAAAAUUCCUGUUUUUGUCAUGAUUGGUUCACUUGGCGGUCGCGAGUUGUUCAAUGAAGCAUUAAAUUUACUUGAAUCAGGGGCUAGUGGAGUAGUUAUUUCGAUGGAAGAUUUGAAGUCUGUGAGUGAUGAUGAUUUUGGCAAACUGUUUUACAGUGCAUAUGCAUUGAAGAACAAAACAGAGGAAAAAGUUCAAAGUAACAGUCAGCUUAACGUUUUGGACUUGGGGAAUGGCUUUCCUGGUAGGAAGGCAAUGGCUGGCUUUACCAGUUUACAUGAUAGGGAGCAGCAGUUGCUAGAAAAAGAAAAACUGGUUUUGCGCGAGGCCAUACAUGUUAUUGAAAAAGCAGCUCCAAUGAUGGAGGAGGUCUCACUUCUCAGUGAUGCUGUUUCUCAACUUGAUGAACCAUUUUUACUGGUUAUAGUGGGAGAAUUCAAUUCUGGAAAAUCUACUUUCAUCAAUGCUCUUCUCGGGAAAAAAUACUUGAAAGAUGGUGUUGUUCCUACAACAAAUGAGAUCACCUUUUUGCGCUAUGCUGAGUCGGAUGUCGAUGAGUCACAGCGUUGUGCAAGGCAUCCAGAUGGGCAAUAUGUUUGCUACUUGCCGGCUUCAGUUCUUAACGAAAUGAUUAUUGUUGAUACUCCAGGGACCAAUGUGAUUCUUCAAAGGCAACAAAAGCUGACGGAGGAAUUUGUGCCUCGUGCAGAUCUGCUUCUGUUUGUCAUGUCUGCUGAUCGACCAUUAACUGAAAGUGAGGUUAAUUUUCUACGUUACACUCAGCAGUGGAGUAAAAAGGUCGUGUUUGUGCUGAAUAAGUCUGACAUAUACCAGAAUAAGGGCGAGUUGGAGGAGGCCAUUGGAUUUAUCAAAGAAAAUACACAGAAAUUGCUGAACACAGAUUGUGUAACACUGUAUCCAGUUUCUGCACGGCUUGCUCUUGAAGCGAAGCUUUCUACUUUUGAUGGUGCUCUCAGUCAAAGCAAUCGUAGUUCAAAUGAUAAUUUUCAUUGGAAAACCAAAGGCUUCUAUGAACUUGAGAAGUACUUGUAUAGCUUCUUGGAUGCAUCAACAAGUACCGGAAUCGAGAGGAUGAAGCUGAAGCUUGGAACUCCAAUUGCCAUUGCAGAACAACUAGUUUCAGCUUGUCAAGGACUUGUGAGACAAGAAUGCCAGCAAGCCAAACAGGACUUGCUCUUUGUUGAGGAUCUUGUCAAUAGUGUAAAAGAAUGCACAAAGAAGCUGGAAAUUGAUAGCAUUUUGUGGAAGAGGCAAGUUCUAUCUAUGAUAAACUCUACUCAAGCACGUGUCGUCCGGCUUGUAGAAUCAACAUUACAAUUGUCAAAUGUUGAUCUUGUCACUUCAUAUGUAUUCAGAGGAGAGAAAUCUACUCAGAUGCCAGUCACCACUAGUGUCCAAAAUGACAUACUCGGUCCUGCAGUUCUUGAAGGACAAAACCUUCUCGGUGAGUACACUAAGUGGUUACAAUCAAAGAGGGACCAGGAAGGACAAUUCUAUAAGCAGUCUUUUGAGAAAAAAUGGACUUCAUUUGUUAAUCCGUCUGACCAGGUUGAGCUUGACGCAAUCGGCGUGUUGGAGAGAAAAUCUGAAGUUAGCAGAAGAGUGAUAGAGGAUUUCAGUGCUGCAGCUGCUUCAAAAUUGUUCGAGAGAGAAAUUCGUGAAGUGUUCUUGGGUACUUUUGGUGGUCUUGGAGCAGCUGGUUUAUCAGCAUCACUUCUAACAUCUGUUCUUCCAACCACAUUAGAGGAUCUCCUUGCUCUUGGCCUUUGUUCCGCUGGCGGUUUAUUAGCAGUCUCCAACUUCUCAUCCCGGAGGCAGCAGGUGGUAGAUAAAGUAAAGAGGACUGCUGAUGGCCUUGCACGUGAACUUGAAGAGGCUAUGCAGAAGGAUCUCUUGGAGACAACAAGGAAUGUGGAAGACUUUGUAAAACUCAUUGGCAAGCCAUAUCAAGAUAGAGCGCAACAUAGACUGGAUAAAGUUUUGGCGACUGCAGAAGAAUUGACAAAUAUUGAGAAGAAACUGAAAGCAUUGCGAAUUGAUAUCCAAAAUCUUCAUGUCUCAUAACAGGCAAGUGUACUUUUUACCUUUUCUUUUUUGGAGCUCAUAAUUCUUCCACAUAGGCUGUUGUAAUAUCUAUAUAUAGCUUUCGAUAUUGCAUGCCAGGAUUGUAAUUAGUAUUGUAUAAGCACAAUUGCUAUUUCUCAAAAAAUUAGUUAUGUAUAAGCAAUUUGAUUAGACUGAAAGAAAUAAUCUGGAAUUGAAUGGAAUUUUAAAAAUAAGCAUUUGAUAUUA